AUGGAUAAAAUAGCAACAUUGGAUACUUUUACUGCUGAGGAUAUCAAAUUCUUAGCAGAAUAUGAAUUAAUAAUGAUUGAACCAUUUUUUAAAGCGAAUACAUUUUCCCUUUCAGGGAUUGAAUAUGGUCCAUUUAAUCCUCCAAUAAAGACCAAUGUACCUAUUUGGGUAGCUUUAACAUUAAAAUCUCAAAAAUUAUGUAAAAUCAUUUCUCCUUCAUGGCUCACCGUUGAAACCCUUACCAUUCUGUUAGAUGCAGAAACAAAAGAAACAAAAUUUAGCGCGGUUCCAUUUUAUUAUGCUGAAAUCUCAAGGAUGUUAUUACAAUCUGCUGAAGAUGAUCUAAGAUCCCCCGGUGAACUUCGAAUGUUGUUACAACAACUUAAAGAGAAAAGAGAAAAUAAAAUUAGAAUAGGUUUGGCUAAUCUAGAACCUAUUCCACAUAAAAUAAAUAAUAUUAGCGCUCGUGAAAUCCACAUCAUGCGUCCCACAUUUUCCAUGUUAUUUGAUUCCUUACAUAAGAUGCAAGAAACUACUAUUAAACAACAAAAUGUUAGUGAAACUACUAGAAGAACUGCUGAUAGAAUUAGUAGUCAAAACUUGGAUUUGAUGGAUAUUGAGGGUGAAAUUGCUGAUUAUGGUGAUUUGGGUGAUUUUAUGAUUUAUGAUUAG